CCUGGAAGAUAAAUGCUAGAAUAAAAAAAAAAAACAAGUUCCGGGUGGGCGGCCGUGCGGGUGCGUAAGAGAAGAGCCAAGCUCGGGUCCAGCGGCAGCUUCAGUCCCGAGCAGGUUUCCACGCCGCUUCAUUGCUUGUUAUGCGAGCGGUUCCGCGAGAACCAGGAAGAUCGGCCGAUUUCUCGCCGCCUCGCUCGGCGGAGAUUCGAGGCGGCCCAAACGGGCCAGGCGACCAUUCCGGCGACCGUCGGGGCCGCCUCCGCUCCGCUCCGCGCCUGGCGGCAAUCACGCGCCCCGGCCAGAAGGGGGCGCCGGGGCCCGAGGACCUCUUGGGGAGGGCGCGAGCGCGUUUCGGCGCGUUUUGUCCCGCGCGGCGCCCGUAGCCGGCGCUCUCCCUCCCGCAAGAUGGCGGCGGCCUGUGGCGGCGGGCCGGGCUCGGGCUCGGUGCGGCUCCGGCUGCUGUUCGACUACCCGCCGCCGGGCAGCCCGUCCUGCGGGCGCUGCUGGCUGCUGCUGGAGCCCGGCCAGGCGCGCCUCGUCACCGACCUGAGCAGCCUCAUCCGGGACCGCUUCGGCUUCAGCCGCCGCGCCCAGCUGAGCCUCUUCCUCGACGGGGCGCUGCUGCCGCCCACCGAGAGCGCGCGGCUCGUGCGCGACAACGACGCCCUCCGAGUUAAAUUGGAAAAGAUAAUUGGAGGUGACGGUUAUGAUGAAACUACCAAUGGUUUCAGAAACUCUUCAAAAAAAGAGAGAAAACGACAGAGGAAAAUGUUGGAGGCAGAGGAUUCUAUUAGUGAAGGUGAAGAACACAGAAAAAGAAAGACAAGUAAGAGGAACCUUGAGUAUUUUUCUAGCCCGGAAGAGAACAUUGCAAAUCAUCAGGACCCUAAAAAACGUAAGAAAAAUAGGAAAAAGGUGACUGAAAGAAAUUGUGUUGCAGACAGUAAAAGUGAAGACAGUAUUUGUCAUUCCAAGAAGCUUAAAAACCAAGUUAUUCAGGAGAAAAAGCAAAAGACAGGAAACAAAGAAAAGAAGCAAAAAGCAAGGACAUUUGAAGCAAAGAACUCUUCACAGAAGACACUUCCAACAGUGAAAAAUACAGUUGUGAAGUCCAGCACGAAGGAAGGUGGGACCUCAAGUGAGUCCUUCACUUCACCUGACAGCGACGAUAGUGUCCCGCACACCAAACAAAUGCCGUCACAUGAAACUAAGGUGAAAACACAGCACACACAGAAAUCACUUGCGGAUUCUCCUCUGAAACCCGUUUCUGCUCACAAACUUGCUACUAAGCCUAAAGCUGGAAAGUCCCCUAAGCUAGCAAAUAGUAAGGCGGCUGAGGGCCAGUCCUCUGGUUCAGAUUCUGAUUCCAGUUCAGGGGAUGAGGAAGAGCAGCUGAGCAGCAACCUGAAAUGUAAAAUACCCAGUAACAAACAAGAAACUGUAACAGGCCUGACUGCAAAGACCAAACCAGAAACUUCCUCUUCAGAGUCUGAUAUGUCUGAAUCCGAGACUUGCACUGCCAAGAGCACCAAGACAAAAAUAGUGUCGGAUCAGCCCUUGAGAGGGAAUGGAGGCAAACAACUGCCUGCUACCACUGGUGGACUCGCUACAAGCCCCGGUGAUGCUGGAAGGGGACGUGGGAGAGGCGAACUCACCUUUUGGAGAGGACCGAGGGUUCGUGGGUGCCGUGGGAUGGGCAGGGGCAGAGGGAGGGGAGAAAGUCCUUUCUUCUUUCAUUACAGUGAUGAAAACCAGAAACAGAAGCAGUUGAGGGAAGCAGCAACUAAUGCUUCAGUUAUUAUCCAGAAUCCACCGGAGGUUCCAAAGAAGGACUAUAGUAAACUACCUCUGUUAGCUGCUCCUCCACAAAUAGGAGAGAAAAUUGCUUUCAAGCUUUUGGAACUAACUGAAAAUUAUACUCCUGAAGUAUCUGAUUACAAGGAAGGAAAAAUUAUCAGUUGGAAUCCGACAAACAAACAACUAGAACUUGAAAUUCUUUCUUUUUCAGCGGUGGCAAAGGAGCCUGGCAAGUUUGAUCUGGUUUACCAGUCUGCCGAUGGAGCUGAAACCGUAGAGUAUGCAGUCUCUCAGGAUAAAAAGAUAACUGAAAGUUGGGAUGCAUUGAUUGAGCCAAGACUGAUUGUCGACCUUCCUAAUAGUGUAUCAAGCACUGAAAAUGGAAAUCCCUAGGAUGUGAACUUGCCUCUUCUGUGUGUAAAUAGUCUGAACUACUUUCAUUUUGGUUCUGAACACAGCAAACAUACUUUUUUAAUAAAUGAUUUUCAAAAUUGA